GUCAGAAAGGUGUUUGAGCUGUUGAAUGCUUCACUUUGGUGCAGUCAUGUACAUAGGAACUGCUAUUCUGAUUAUUGGUUUCGCUGCUCUGGCUGCAGCGUUUUGCCUUUUGGUAAUCGGAUUGGUGUUUUCUGAGUUAAUGAACGCUGAAAUUCCUCCAGGACUUAGUAAUGGUGCAAGACUUCACCUUGUGCACUGUUUUAUGGUGGGCAUAGCAGUUGUGGGUCGAAUCCUGGAGCGCCUGGGUUUGUGUCAUCAAGUGCGUUUUACUCGAUGGUGUAUGGAUCAUGCAAUUGGCCGUCAACGCCCCCCUCCUGCCGGCCUCCGCAUUAAAGACUCGACCUUUUCUGGAGUGCCAGUGAGGAUCUACGAGCCCACAGCUGUCUCACAGAACAAAAGACGAGGACUCCUGUAUUAUCAUGGAGGAGGAUGGGUUGUUGGCAGCAUCAAAUUGUAUGAUGAAGUUUGCCGACACAUUGCAAAGGAGACUGAUACUGUGGUCGUGUCUGUGGGUUACAGACUCGCUCCUGAGCACCGGUUUCCUGCAGCACUAGAUGACUGCGAACUUACCACACGUCAUUUCCUGUCUGUGGCGGCUGAGUUCAAUGUGGACCCGCUCCGUGUGGCACUGGGAGGAGACAGUGCAGGCGGUAAUCUGGCAGCUGCUGUCAGCCAGAGGCUGGCUACAAGCCUGGAUGGGCAUCUGCCAUCGCCCUGUGGCCUCGUCCUCAUCUACCCAGCUCUGCAGAUGGCCGACUUUAACCUGCCCUCCUAUCGGCAGAACCACGCCGUGCCUGUAUUGUUUCGUGCCCGUACAGUUUUCUACUUCCUUCAGUACUUAAAUGGUGACAUGUCUGUGUGCCAGGAUGUGCUGGAGGGCAGACAUAUUCCUGCCGAGUUAAAACUGCACUACAGCAAGUGGCUCGACCCCUCAAACCUCCCACCGGAAUUCCAAGAUGGUGAAAAGCAGGUGGUGACAACCCACGAUGGUGAAGUGUAUCACAUAGUUAAAGAUGGUCUUAAGCCAGGGAUUUCACCUUUACUGGCUGAGGAUAAAGUGCUCCGUCUCACGCCACCCACUUUUAUCCUAACCUGUCAGUAUGAUGUGCUGCGGGAUGAUGGGAUCUUGUUCCGGAAGAGACUACAGGACCUGGGAGUCAAGGUCACAUGGUAUCACGUCCCUGAUGGCUUCCAUGGCAUUAUGAACUUCUUCGGGAAGGGCAUCCUAAACUUUCCUGCUGGACUGAAGGCCAUGGAGCAAAUAGUCAGCUAUGUAAAAACGCUCUGAGUCUUGUAAUCCUUUUUCACUGAGUCUGUAUUGAUUGACACAAGACUUUCAGUAUGUUGCCUUACACAGAGAAAAGACGUGAAGGCUGUUUUAAAUUGUUGUCAAUAAUAGUUAUUAUAAUAUAGAUUUUUUUUCAAUCAGAGGUCAUGGCAUGUUUGGUCAGGCUUCUUAGGGGUGUAGAGUACAGUGUGGAGUUGAUUAUCACACAUUGCAUCAUACAAAAAAGGUAAAAAAAAAAAAAAGUAAAAGUGUUCACAUAUGAAAGAUCUCUAUCUCUUUUUUCGUGAAGCACCAAAACUCUGAACAGAUGUGUUACCUCAAGCCUUUAAAUCCUUCUGAUGUAUUUUUGACAAUACUUUAACAACCACAGAAUUGUGUUUCAACAAGGCAAGAAUAAAAUACAGAGGGGAGGUAAAAACCACAGUUAUAUCAUAAUUUACUUAAACAUUUUAAAACCACUAUCUAUUUUAGGAAUGCGCGUGUUUGGUGUGUCAGUGUGAUACACUUUCUGAGGGGAGAUGGUAGUCAGGCUUGAGACAACUUACACAGGCUUUUUAAUUCCUUUUCACAGUCUUCGCUUUGACCCAGACAGACAGAUACACGCAGGUCUGAGGUGCACACAUCUUUCUCUCCCACUCUAGCACUCGUCUCUCCCCUUCUGAUCCACUAAAUAAAACACAGAACCCAUCACAGCCAGUUGAUGGUCAGACAUUCUGCUUUAUAGGCACAGUAUUUAAUCAUAUGCACUGACAGCUUGUAACUAAUGUUCAGCAUGAUGCCCCUAGCCUCUCCGUGUGCAAAACAAAGGGGGAAAGGAUCAGGAGCAUAUAAGACUAGCCCACUGUAAAACUUUUACCUAAAUAAAAGCCUAAUCAGCAUGCACAUGACAGAUUCUUUCCAUGAGAUGAUGGAAUGUCACUAGGGCUCAAAAAGCCUGUUUUACCAGGAUAUAGCGGUCAAGGGGAUCUGGCAACAUUUCUUUGUCAAAUCCAGUGUCAAUUAAAUGAGCUGCACCUAACCGAUGGAGCAGGAUCGACACUGCAUUUAUAUUUCUCAAGUGGACACAGAACUGGUCCCAACCUUGAGUGCUUUGGGAAUCAAGACCACCAGACUGGGACUCUCGAUUACCCUGACCCUGAGCAUGGCCAUGAGCUCCUCCUAAAUGAUUUGUUUCUUGUUUAUGCGCAAAAAAAAAAAAAAAAGGUUGGUCUAUGGUACCACCUUUGGAGUCUUCUCAAUGUUAUGUGUUACAGAGUAUAUGCAAGAAUACAAUGCAAAAUUCUAUUUGCAA